AUGAUAAAAUCUUCUUUAUCUCGAUCAUCAGAAUUAUUAACAUUAAAUAAUGAUGAAAUUAAACGUAUUAUGUCAGUUAUUGAACGUGAUUUUAAACUUCGAGAAAAAGAAUAUGAACGUAUUCAAGAAUUAAAAAAUGUUAUACAACAAGAACAUGAACGUGUAGAAUGUUUAGCAAUGUCAACAGAAUUUAAUCAUGAAAGAUGUAUAAGAUGUUAUAAAUUAUUUAAAAUAUUUUUUAAUCCAAAAGAAUUAUGUUCAGAAUGUAAAUUAUAUGUUUGUCAUAAGUGUGCAACAUAUAAUAAGCAAAGCAAAACAUGGAUAUGUAAAAUAUGUUUAAAACUAAAAGAAUUAGAAUGUUUAACAGGUGAUUGGUUUUAUCUUGAAAUUGCCAAGAAAUAUAAACGAUGUGGUAGUGCAAAAGUUGUUCGUGAACUACACAAACGUGAAAAAGAACUUGCUGAGAUUGAUCAAUAUGAUGAUGAUCCCGGAUAUGGAACAUUACCAACAAGUGUCAUAAUGGAUUCGAAAGAUUCUGGUUUUCUUAGGUCAUAUAUUGUUCAUGAUGAAAAUAUUAAAAGUGAAUUAAAUGAAUAUGCAAAACGAUUAAAUUUAUUAAUUGAUAAUUUACAAUCUGAUUUAUCGAAAUUUCUCACAUAUAAUAGUCAUCUUUCCAUCAGCAAUAGAUAUAGAGAAAAUCUCAAAGAUCGUCGCCAGCAAAUUGCAUCAGAAAUUACUCGUGCUCGGAUUGCUCUUAUGAGUCCACUUCGACGCUCAAAUAUGAAACCAACUGUAGCAUAUGAAAAUGAUUUUAAAAAUCUAUUAAUAUACAAAACUGAAGAUGUUCUUCAAAUAAAUUUACAACAAUUUAAAAAAAAUUUAACCACAUCAAAUUUGUCAAUAAAUUCACCCAGUUUUGAUGAAAAAUUGGCACAAAUUAUUUUUGAUAAAUUUAUCAAUAAACAAGCCUCCAGUAAUUCAACUGAAGUUAUCGAUUCAUUAUCAAAUUUAUCUCAAGUACCUACGAAACCUCAACGACAAUCAUCGAUUCCAACAUCUAUCAAUCCUUCAUCUUAUGAAUUAAAUCAAAAUGUUUUCUCGUCUCAAAUAUCAAAUACAUCUUUGGAGAUGAAUUCUCAAAGUGAUACUCUUCAGAAAAAGAAUCUAUUACGAACACGAGCUAUUGAUGAACAAGAAGAAGGCGAUGAUGAAGACGAAGAUGAAGACAAAACUCCAACUGGCAGUUCAUUUGACGAUGAUCAAUCAGAUUCUCUAGAUGAGAAAAAUCGUUUUAUUGAUACAGAUGUUGAAACCAUCAAGAAGUCUAAUGAACGUGUUGAUGAUUGGAAAACAAAUUUUAAUUUAAUUGAAUCUGAACUUACUCUAUCAGAUCAUGAUGAAGAAGAAGAAGAAGAAGAAUGCUCAACUUGGUUAUAA